UUGAGUGCACCUCCCAUUUGCCAUUCUCCAGUUCCCAGUUCCCCUCACGGCUUCCUUCUGACAAGCUAAACUGUCUUCUUAUCCGUCAGAGCAACCAUGAGUGAGCAGGCUUUACUCUCCUCACCCCUGCCGGGAUCUGGGGCCGAUAGUGUUCCUCCCCCAUCACUCGGGUCUGCAGAAUGUUGCGAAGAGCACAAGGAGUACGUGUCCUUGUUCUGUCUGGAUGACUUGGAGCCCAUAUGUAAACAAUGUGUAGCUGACAGCCACUCACGCCACAGGGUUUACCUUUCAGCGGAGGCCGCUGUUGACUGUAAGGCGGAGCUGCAAACAUCUCUAGCUGGAUUAGACGUGAAGAUAAAACACCUUGAAGACGUUAUUCAGACCUACCAAAAGGCUGCCAAGUGCAACCAGGCUGAGUCCAAACUCACGGAGGAGAUCAUGAGGGAAGAAAUCGAGAGACUUCAUCAGUUUUUGAGACAGGAGGAAGCAGCCAGGCUUCGUGCGCUGAUGGAGGAGAAGGAAGAGAAGACGAGGAAGGCUGAGGAGAGGAUGCACCGACUGAACGAGGCGAUAACCUCUCUGGAGGACAAGAUCCAGCUGACUGAAAGGGAGCUACAUGCAGGAGGAGAAGGAGUGGCAUAUUUACAGAACUAUAAAGACACAAUGAGUAGCACGUGGUGUGGAAACACGAAGCCUGAAAGGAUUCAAAGACCCUUAAUCAAUGUGGCAAAACACUUAGGGAACCUCCGGUAUGCUGUUUGGGAGAAGAUGAAACAAAUCGCCCCCUGUGCCCCAGUGACUCUGGGUCCCAGAACAGCAGGUCAGCCGGCGAGGCUGUCUUCAGAGCUGAAGAGUUUUCAUAUCACCCCUGGGUGCUCACGGAGGCCAGAGCAGCGCAUGAACGAGGCUUUUCCAGCCAACCCUGAACGUUUCCAACCUCAUCCCUGCGUUCUGGCGACAGGCGGCUUUAACACAGGGGUGCACCACUGGGACAUCGAGGUCGGCAGCACAAAAAGAUGGACCAUUGGCGUAGCUGCUCUAUCAGCGCUGGGAAAGACGAAACGUCAGUCAAGUCCAGAAGCAGGAACCUGGUGCAUCGGCCUCAAGGAUGGAGAGUACCGAGCUCUCACCUCUCCCCCUCUGACCCUGGACCUCGACAGCUCGCUUCAUCUCUCCAGAGUCCGCGUGAGACUGGACUGUGAUGGAGGGACGCUGGAAUUCACGGAUGCUGACACAGAUGAGCCUCUUUUUACCUUCACACAUUGUUUUACGGAAACAGUCUAUCCUUACGCUGAGAGUGCGUCUGACGCCGAUGGCGUCACGGCGUUGGAACAGAGAGGGAGCGUCAGCGUGGACUCAGAUUAUGUUCCCCUCAAAGACGCUGUUACCAUUUUAGAGGGUCAGGCGACGAGAGGCAACGCUCCCACGGGGGAAAAUACUGCAGCGGGGAUAAAGAGAGGAGAGGACGCUGAGCGUUUGAGUGAGAACAAGACGUCAAAGGACACGUGUUCCUGGGAAGAGGAGAAACCAGCAAAAUCUAAUGGAAAGGAAAAGACAUCAAACACCAGAGAGGCUAAAAAACAGAGCAGAAAGAGCAGGUUUAAUGCAAGCUACCAUGUUUCUCUGUACAAAGCCCUGAACGAUACUGCCACUGACUGCAAAUCCUCGAACAAAUCCAAAUAAAUGCAAAAUAGAAGAAUCCUAACCUGCGUGAUAAAUAAAAAUGUACUCAUCAAAGAGCAAAUUAAAUGUUUUACAUUGUGCAAGUGUGAUGCUGCUGCUUUCUUUCGUGUUGCCACUUUUAGCCAUAAGACUGUGGGGUUCGCAGUGUUUGCAUCCACUUGCAGCAGCACUACAAAAAUGAAAUAUAUUCAACUGAAACAUUCUGAAUAUCUUUGACCUGAGCUGCUCCACCAGGGAGACCACGGACCUCACAUUUCUGAUGUUCUCUGAAAUGUUGUGAAGCAAAUGCUCUGAGCGUCUGAAUCCAUAGAAGCAAAAAAGUAAAAAAAUAUAUAUAUAAAUCCCUAGGCCUUUACUAUUAUGCAAGCAUGUAAAACAUAUUUUCUGGGUAAUUGUUUUUAAGGCGUUUCAAGGGCUAACACAACUGGAGUUUUGCUUGAGUGCCAUCUGUAUAUUUUCACACAAUUUUAUACCACUGUACGUCCAAGGUUGUCGUUUUUUUUACAUCUUCCAUCAAAAGGUCAUUAUUGUAUGUAAUAUAAGAUUUGUAUUGCAAGAUAUAAAAAGUGUCCCAAACUUUUAACAUCCAACAAAA